AUGGUCCUGAGGCUCCUGCUCCUCCUCGCUGGGCUGCUUAGGGCCACCAAGCCAGCACCCCGCUGUGAAACCGGCCAGGAGACCCUAGGUCAAUGUCAAACUGUACAGAAAGCAAAAUGCGUGGAUAUUGCCCUGAGUUCUUGUACUGAUGUUGCCUACACUCAAAUGGUGUAUCCCAACUUUCUGGAUCAGAAGUCUCGAGAAGUGAUUGAGUACAGCUCUGAGUACCUGCUCAUCAGCGUGCUGCACAACCUGCUCCAGGGGGAAUGCAACCCCGACCUGAGGCUCCUGGGCUGCUCAGUGCUGGCCCCACAGUGUGAAAAGGACAAAGUCAUAAAGCCCUGCAGGCAUGUCUGUGAGAACCUCAAAAAGAAUUGCCUCCCUGCCUUUGAUGCAAUAGACAUGGCCUGGCCCUACUUCUUAGACUGUGACCGCUUCUUCGCUGGGGAGGAAGAGGGGUGCUUCGACCCGCUGGCCAAGCUGAGAGGAGAAGUAGAUGCUGAGGAAGAUUUGCCUUCAGACUUGCCAGCAACUUUUAUUCAGUUCAAACAUCAUUCCUAUUCCCAAAUGGUGAGCACUCUGAAGAAGACUGCCUCGAGGUGCUCCCACAUUGCCACCACUUACAGCAUUGGCCGCAGCUUUGAGGGGAAGGAUCUUUUUGUGAUUGAGUUUUCAACCAAGCCUGGACACCAUGAACUGCUCAAGCCAGAAUUUAAGUACAUUGGCAACAUGCACGGAAAUGAAGUUGUGGGGAAGGAGCUGCUGAUAUACCUCGCUCAGUAUCUGUGCUCAGAAUAUCUUCUUGGGAACCCUCGUGUCCAAGCCUUGAUCAACAACACCAGAAUUCAUCUCCUGCCCUCACUCAAUCCUGAUGGGUAUGAACUGGCUGCAGAAGAGGGGGCUGGUUACAAUGGAUGGGUCAUCGGACGACAGACAGCUCAGAACUUGGACCUGAACAGAAAUUUCCCAGAUUUGACAUCUGAGGCUUACAGAAGAGCUGGGAUUCGUGGGGCCCGUCUGGACCACAUCCCCAUUCCACAGUCCUACUGGUGGGGUAAGGUGGCCCCUGAGACAAAAGCAGUCAUGAAGUGGUUGAGGUCUAUCCCAUUUGUGCUGUCUGCCAGCCUGCAUGGGGGUGAGCUAGUUGUGACCUAUCCUUAUGACUAUUCAAGGCAUCCUAUGGAAGAAAAAAUGUUCUCCCCUACACCUGAUGAGAAGGUGUUCAAGAUGCUGGCUAAAGCCUAUGCAGAUGCACACCCCGUCAUCUCAGACCGGUCUGAGCUUCGCUGUGGUGGGAAUUUUGUGAAACGUGGAGGUAUUAUAAAUGGUGCUGAGUGGUACAGCUUCACUGGAGGUAUGGCAGAUUUUAAUUACCUUCACACAAAUUGCUUUGAAGUUACCGUGGAGGUAGGAUGUGAAAAGUUUCCUUUGGAGGAAGAAUUGUUUACAAUAUGGCAUGAAAAUAAAGCUGCCCUUCUGAAUUACAUGGAAAUGGUUCAUCGGGGUAUAAAAGGAAUUGUGUCUGAUAAGUUUGGCAACCCAAUAAAAAAUGCUCGUAUUUCAGUCAGGGGCAUUCAGCAUGAUGUCACCACAGCUGCUGAUGGCGACUACUGGCGGCUCCUGCCUCCGGGGACCUUCAUCAUCAGCGCCCAGGCGCCGGGCUACAGCCGGGUGAUGAAGAGGGUCACCAUCCCCACCAGGAUGAAGCAGGCCGGCCGCGUGGAUUUCGUGCUGCGGCCCGCCGAGGCCUGGCCCAGCAAGCUGCUCCGGCGCUCCAUGGAGGAUGCCUACGACCCUCAGGACCCGCUGGAACUUUUUGACCCUCACGCCCAGCACGGGCAGGCCGAGGCUCGCGGAGGGUCCGCGGCAGGCAGGGAGAAGCCGUGGUGGUGGUCGUACUUCAGCUCCCUGGACCUGCACAAACCUCUGUGGCUGCUCAAGCAGCGCUGAGGGACGGAUGGCGCC